GGAAGAAGAGCAGAGGCGAGGGCAGGGAAGGAAGAGCCGUGGAGGUGCCACCGGCCGCGCCGUGGCGCUGCGGCGUCGCGAAGGCCGCUGCUGCCCCGUCCCGACCCGACCCGACCCAUCCCGGCUCGGCCGGGCGCUGCGUGCGUUGGAGUCCGCCACUGCGGCUGGUAGAGAGGCCGCGGCGAGAGGAGGAGGCGGCGGCGGCGGCGCUCCCUCCCCGGCAGGACAAAGGGCUGUGGGCGCGCAGCCGCGGCCCGCAGCCCGCGCUGGGAGCCCUCCCCUGAGCAAGCGCUUUCCGCCGCAGGAGCCAUGGGCCGGCUGCCGCGUUAGGAACAUUACCGGCCGGAGGAGCGAGGAGGAAAGCGGCCGCUGCUCCCCUUCCCCUGGGGAAGGGCUGGAGAUGGAGCCGGCGGCGCGGCCGAGCGGAGAUAUCCUGAGGCGGAACCCGCAGCAGGACUACGAGCUGAUCCAGCGGGUGGGGAGCGGCACCUACGGCGAUGUCUACAAGGCUAGAAAUCUUCACACAGGAGAACUGGCUGCUGUAAAAAUAAUCAAGUUAGAGCCUGGAGAUGACUUUUCAUUGAUACAGCAAGAAAUAUAUAUGGUUAAAGAAUGCAAGCACUGCAACAUAGUCGCCUAUUUUGGGAGCUAUCUCAGCCGUGAGAAGCUGUGGAUAUGCAUGGAAUACUGCGGUGGGGGAUCCCUCCAAGACAUUUACCACGUAACAGGACCUCUGUCAGAGUUACAGAUUGCAUACGUGUGCAGAGAAACUUUACAGGGUUUGGCUUAUUUGCAUAUGAAGGGCAAAAUGCAUAGAGAUAUCAAGGGUGCAAAUAUUCUGCUGACAGACCAUGGAGAUGUCAAAUUAGCUGACUUUGGUGUAGCAGCAAAAAUCACAGCCACCAUUGCGAAGAGGAAAUCAUUUAUUGGUACUCCUUACUGGAUGGCCCCAGAGGUUGCAGCAGUGGAGAAGAACGGCGGAUACAACCAGCUCUGCGAUAUCUGGGCCGUUGGCAUAACCGCGAUCGAGCUGGCAGAGCUUCAGCCACCCAUGUUUGAUCUUCAUCCCAUGAGGGCUUUGUUUUUAAUGUCAAAAAGCAAUUUUCAGCCACCAAAACUAAAGGAAAAAGCAAAAUGGUCAGCAACCUUCCAUAAUUUUGUCAAAAUAGCACUUACAAAAAACCCAAAGAAGAGACCAACAGCAGACAGGCUCCUCUCUCAUAGCUUUGUGGGGCAGCCUGGUCUUUCAAGAUCUUUAGCAGUUGAGCUGUUGGAUAAAGUUAAUAAUCCUGACAACCAUACACACUACAGUGAAGUUGAUGAUGAUGAUUUUGAGCCUCAUGCUGUCGUCCGCCAUACGAUUCGAUCGACAAACAGGAACAUCAGGGCAGAGAGAACAGCGUCGGAGAUCAACUUUGAUAAGCUGCAGUUUGAGCCCCCUCUACGGAAAGAAACAGAAGCUCGGGAUGAAAUGGUUGUGGCAGCUGGUGCUGACUUUGCUUCACAUUGGAAUCCUUUUGUUGAUGGUGGAAGCAGCAAGGGACUGCUUACAAAAUUUGGCGAUGGGAUGGAAGAUGUUGAAGAAUCAACACUAAAGCGAGCUGGACCACCCCCGCUACCUCCAAAGCCAAGAAUAAACAGUUAUCCUGAGGAGAACCUUCCAGAUGAUGAGAAAUGCCAGACAAUAAAACAUUUCCCAAACUCACAGAACAGAGCUCCACCAGCUCACAGGAGACAAAGCAUCCCAGUUUGUGGAGCUCAGACUGAUUCUUCUUCAGUUGGAAUGACCAGCAGCAUGAGUAGCCCUGGAUUGCUCACAGCCAGAUACAGUGACUUAGGAAAUGGGGAAGGGAUGCUGAAACUCAUUGAAGAAAAUGCUGAAGGGUCUGGACAAAUCCCUCAGCUGCCACGUAAAAAGGAGAAAAGAGAUUUUCCUAAGCCAGCAAUCAAUGGUUUGCCACCAACACCAAAGGUGCUGAUGGGAGCCUGCUUUUCCAAAGUCUUUGAUGGUUGUCCUUUGAAGAUUAAUUGUGCCACGUCCUGGAUACAUCCAGAUACUAAAGACCAGUACAUUAUCUUUGGCACGGAAGAAGGCAUCUAUACUUUGAAUUUGAAUGAGCUUCACGAAGCAACAAUGGAACAGUUAUUUCCUCGCAAGUGCACCUGGCUGUAUGUUAUCAAUAACACCUUAAUGUCCUUGUCAGGGAAAUCCUUCCAGCUCUACUCACAUAAUUUAAUAGCUUUGUUUGAACAAGCCAAGAAGACAGGAUUAGCUGCUCAUAUUCAAACCCACCGCUUUCCUGACAAAAUAUUGCCAAGGAAGUUUGCCUUAACCACAAAGAUCCCUGAUACAAAAGGAUGCCACAAAUGCUGUAUAGUACGAAAUCCAUACACGGGCCACAAGUACCUGUGUGGUGCACUGCAGUCUGGAAUUGUUCUGCUCCAGUGGUAUGAGCCCAUGCAGAAAUUCAUGUUAAUAAAACACUUUGAUUUUCCUUUGCCAAGCCCUCUGAAUGUGUUUGAAAUGCUGGUGAUCCCCGAGCAGGAGUACCCCAUGGUCUGCGUAGCCAUCAGUAAGGGUACUGAACCAAAUCAAGUAGUUCAGUUUGAGACAAUCAACUUGAACUCUGCUUCUUCCUGGUUUACAGAAAUUGGUGCAGGCAAUCAGCAGUUGGAUGCCAUUCACGUCACGCAGCUGGAAAGAGACACUGUCCUGGUCUGCCUGGACAAAUUUGUGAAAAUUGUGAAUUUACAAGGGAAGCUGAAGUCAAGCAAGAAACUGGCCUCCGAGCUGAGCUUUGAUUUCUGCAUCGAGUCAGUGGUGUGCCUUCAAGACAGUGUGCUGGCCUUCUGGAAACAUGGCAUGCAGGGCAAAAGCUUUAAGUCAGAUGAAGUUACCCAGGAGAUAUCAGAUGAAACCAGGGUUUUCCGCUUACUGGGAUCAGACAGAGUGGUGGUGUUAGAGAGCAGGCCAACAGAACACCCAACUGCCCACAGCAACCUCUACAUCCUGGCUGGACAUGAAAAUAGUUACUAAGCAACAGUAACCCGACACAGACAACAGAGUGGGUUUGCCACGGGAGGAACAAAAGCAGCUGUAGGAAGCUCAGUGACUGUGACUUUCCUGUUUUUCUUUUCUUGACACCUAAGUGAUGUUGUUUUUAGGGUGGAAAUCAAUACAGGUGUUUUUAUUUUUGCAGCUGGGAACAGCUGGUUCUGUCUCUUGCCACUGUGUGGUUGGUUAUAUCGAGUUUGCUUAAUAAAAGCUACGAGGUGAAGAGCCCUUUACUCCUUAGUUGUAGGGAAACCUUGAAAGGAAAAAAAAAAAGGCAUUAAGAAAAAGAAGUUUCUGCAGUAAAGGUGCCAUAAACUGUUAAAUAUUUUCCUUCUCCUUGGAUUUCCUUUGUGUUCUGUAGAUAGAGACCAAGCGCUGGCUGUUUUUCCUCGUUUUAUACUGAGUCUUAUUCUUAAUAAACAAAAGAUUUUGUGUAGGAAGUUGAAA